CAACUGAAGACACAGAUAAAAAAAGGCAGCCGCAGAUUCACCCAGCCCAGAGUCUUGGAGCCAUACACCCUCCUAGACCCGCACUGAAUGACAAACACUUUCCAGGAGUUGCUAAAGUCCUAGGAGCACACGUUCAGCUGGGGCCACCAGUGCAGUGACUGACAGACUGACUCAAUAAAGAGCUACAACCACUGUUCAUAGUGUUGUUUUCAAGACUGAAUAAAGAUCUGACUGCAGAUGGCAUUUACGAGCAUGACCACCAAGAACUACUUGGCUAACCUGGAUUAUUUUAUGGGUUCUAGUUCUGUGUUGCCGCAAUACAACAACCCGUUUAAUCACACAGAUGUCAUUUGUGAAAAAAGUCACGCCCAGCAGUUUGCUCAAACUUUCCUGCCAGCAUUUUUCUGGAUUGUCUUCUCCAUUGGCACUAUAGGUAAUGCCUUAGUCAUCCUUGUCUACUGGAAAUACAGAUACAGAAAGAGCAUCACUGACAGAUACCUGCUGCAUCUGGCCAUUGCUGAUCUGCUCCUUCUUCUCACUCUCCCUUUCUGGGCAAAAGCAGCUUCAGAUGGCUGGAUCUUUAAGAAUUUCAUGUGUAAAAUUGUCAAUAGCAUGUACAAGAUCAACUUCUACAGCUGUACAUUGUUUCUGACAUGCAUUAGUUUUGAUAGGUACAUUACAAUUGUCCAGGCCAUGAAAGCUAAGAACUCUAAGCGAAAAAGGCUUCUGCAAAGUAAACUAGUUUGCUUUAGUGUUUGGCUGACUGCAAUAGGCUUAUGCAUCCCAGAACUAGUAUACAGUGAAACUAAGCAAGUUAGUGAUACAACUACUUGCAAGAUGGUAUACCCUACCACAGUUACCCAAACCAUCAAAGUUACUGUCCUAACUUUGAAAAUCACAGUAGGAUUCCUCCUUCCUCUCUUUGUAAUAGUUACUUGUUAUGCUUUUAUAAUUCAUAUCCUUCUUCAAGCAAAAAAAUCCCCAAAGCACAAAUCAUUAAAGAUCAUCAUCAUGAUUAUCACAGCUUUCCUCCUCUCCCAGUUGCCCUACAACAGCAUUUUGCUGGUCAAAACCAUCGACACCUACACCAGGGUCAUAUAUGACUGCAAAACCUCUGACAACAUUGACCUUGGAUUCCAGAUAACUCAGAGCAUUGCCUUCCUUCACAGCUGCCUGAACCCCUUCCUCUAUGUGUUUGCUGGGGAGAGAUUCCAUAAAGCCCUCUUUAAAAUUCUGGAGGAUGCAAUUCACUGCACUGGUAAGAGCCGAGAACAGAACUCUUCCGUAUAUGAUAGCCAAGAAGGGAGCUCAAAAUGGUCUGGAUUGCUGGGGCCAUCAAAAAUCAGGAGCUCUCUCACUUUGAGUAUGCCCCAAAAUUCCUCACUCACACCCAACUUCUGCCAAGCUCCUUUCAAAGUUAAUGGGAGUCUGGCUAGAGGAAUGAGCACUGAAUUCAGUGCUCUGUAAAUGAUUCUUAUCCUAUGAAAGAAAAAGAAAGAUCCUGCUCAACAAAGUGAAUUUGGAUCUUCAUGAGGGGCUUGAUCCAAUGAUCCUUCAAAGUAUUGAGCAGUCUCAACUUCUGAUGAAGUCAGCAGGAGUUGAUGGUGCUCCGCACUUUCUCCUGGAAUGCUGAGCACCUUCAAAGAUCAAGCCCUACACUUCUGGCUGAAAGGCAGUGAAACCAUUGAAAAGAGCCAGAGAAAUAGUAUAAUGCUAUCUGGAAGCAGAACUGUCAAAGGAUAGGGGAUUUUAAAAACAAAUCUUGUUACAACUGUAAAUAUCCAACCCAGCUGUGGCAACGAACAAUCUGAAGCAGCAAGGGAUUUAAGGGAAUGACCACCUGUGGUCAUGGAGCUCAGUUACUGUAGCCAAGGACAUAGCUAAGAGAAGGUGGCUGCUUCACAGUGCCCCAUUCCCAUCCAUGCCGACUGACUAAAGCCAGGGGAGGAAUCAGGCCUGUACUGUUUUCAAUGGAAGUUGCAGGUGCUCAGUACCUGUCAGGAUCAGGCCUUAAUUGGUUGAUGUGUAUAAUGCUUCAUAAAUGAAAAAUGCUACAGAUUGUUACGGUCAUGUCACUGACAACUUUUCAAAGUCCCUUUUCUGUAACAGGUAAAAAUAGGGUUGCCAACUUUCUACUUGCACAAAACCAAACAACCUUGCCCUGCUCCCUGCCCUGCUCCUUCUCCAAGGCCCUGCCAACUGCUCACUCCAUCCCCUCCCCCUUCCUCUGUCGCUUGCUUUCCCCACCCUCACUCACUCAUUUUCACUGGGCUGGCUCAGAGGUGGUUGUGAGGGCUCUGUCUGGGAGUACAGGCUCUAGGGUGGGCUGGGUGGUAAGGAGUUUAGGGUGUAGGAUGGGGCUCCGGGCUGCAGCUGAGGGGUUCGGAGGAUGGGAGGGGGAUCAGGGCUGGGGCAUGGUCAUGGGAGGGGGUCAGGAGUGCCGGCACUGGGUGGGGCUUACUUUAGGUGACUCCUGGAAGCAGCAGCAUGUCUCCACUCCGGCUCCUAAAUGGAGAUGUGGCCAAGUAACUCUACGCACAGCCCUAUCUGCAGGCACCACCCCCGCAGUUCCCAUUGGCUUCGGUUCCCAGCCAAUGGGAGCUGCGGAGCUGGCACUUGGGACGGGGCAGUGCGUAGAGCUCUCCGGCUGGCCCUAUGCCUAGGAGCUGCAUGGGGGACGUGCCACUGCUUCCAGGUGCUGCAGGGAGCCACAGCAGGCUGGGAACCAGCCUUAGCCCCACUGCACCACUGACUGGACAUAUAAUGGCCUGAUCAGUGGUGCUGACCGGAGCCACCAGGGUCCCUUUUCGACUGGGUGUUCUGGGCAAAAACCGGACACCUGGCAACCUGAGGUGAAAGCUGUUUUUAGUGAGAGUUGCAACAUUUCUUAGGAUCAGCCCCAGAAUCAUCUAGGAUAAAUUUCUGCACUCAGUGACAUCAUUUUAAAUUCAGAGUAACUCUGGCUACUUCACCAGAGCUAUUCCAGAUUUACACCAUUGUGAAUGAGAACUGAAUUUGACUCCCCUGAUGCUUUUUUAUUCAGUCUCUGAUUUGUAAGUGUAACCUCAGUGAAGGCAGAUUUAAUUUUGUUCCACUUCCAAAGCUGCUACAUUGCUAGAAUAGUGGUCAUAUGAUGGUUUCUUGCCGGUGGAACUGAGUUGUUUUAGAUUCUUUUUUCGUAUGUCUUUGAUUUUAGGGUGAAACUGUAUGCAUGGUUUGUACCAUAAUGCUUUGAUGUUAGACACUUGCACUAUAUAUACACAUAAAUAAACAUUGCAUUGUACAGCACAAUUUUUAGAGAGUCAUAUUUGUAAUUUUCUGGCAAUAUGGCAUUUGUCUUUUACCCUCUGGUAAAGCUGGACGUAACUAACAAACAGAUGCCUGAAUGAACCACAGGUUAUAAACUGAGCAUAAUAAACUGGUUCAG